GUCAGAGCGUCGCCGAUGACAAGUCGGAGGUUGCUGCUGUUUAGAGCGUCCCGUCGUCGUCUGCGAGGCGCGCGCGUGCCGCUUAUCGUUUAUCGCGCGUCAGUCGCACCGCCGACACGGUGCCGAGUCGUAUAAUAUCAUACACAUAACACUUUUUAAAUUCUCGACGACACGUCCGUCAUGAAACAACAGCGGUCCGCUUCGCAGCAACCGCUGCGGUGGUGCCGCCGAUGGACGGCCGUUGUAGCAGCCAUCGUCACCCUUUUCUCGGCCACAGAUGGUGGCCACGCAGGGGCCGCUGGACGCCGUGUGUACACCGCACCGCUGGACGACACGGGCCGGACGGCUGUCUACUGGACGGUCGACUACGGAUCGCAGUCCGUCAAGUUCGAAGCGCACUUCGCGGCCGGCGGCGGCCCGUUCGACUGGCUGGCGGUGGGCUUCUCGGGCCGCGGCAACCACUCGGGAGCCGACUUCUGCGUCAUGUGGGUCGACUGGAAAGGCGUCACCGGCAUGUUGGAUACGUGGACAGAUGACGCCGGAAGAAUUUCCGUAGAUGAGCGACAGGAUUGUGAAGAGUUCGAUGUUGCUCGAUUUCACGGAGGAGGUACUGCUUUGACAUUUACUCGAAAAUUUGAUACAUGUGAUGACGACCGCGAUUAUUUAAUCCAGGAUGGUACUACUCACCUUGUAUGGAUGGUAGGCGGCGGUCCACUAUUUGCAGUUGAAGGGCUGUUGGUGUCGCAGGCCAGAGCGAAGGGCAUGCAAAGGGUUCAGUUGCUAAAACCGGAAAGACCGCAGGUCCGAUUGCCGGAUAAAGUGUCCAAAAUAGACGUGUUGGCUUCCAAGGUAAACGUUCCCGCGGAAGAGACGACGUAUUGGUGUCACGUGAUGAAGAUUCCUCUGGAUUUAUCGUUCAAACAUCAUAUCGUCAGGUUUGAGUCGGUUAUUGACGAAAGUAGUCGAGGUGUAGUGCAUCACAUGGAGGUGUUCCAUUGCGAAUCCAGUGCUGGCACUCGGAUACCAUUGUACAGUGGUCCUUGUUUUUCGGAAAAACGGCCGUACAAGACACAAGUGUGCAAGAAAGUGAUGGCCGCCUGGGCCAUGGGAGCUGCUCCUUUCGUGUACCCCGAGGAAGCCGGUUUACCCAUCGGAGGUCCCGAUUUCAAUAGCUAUAUCAUGUUGGAGGUGCACUACAACAAUCCCGGAUUAAGAAAAGGCAUGGUGGACAGUUCCGGCGUACGAUUGUACAUAACGCCGGAAGUGAGAAAAUACGACGCCGGAGUGAUCGAACUGGGCCUAGAGUACACAGACAAAAUGGCCAUACCGCCGAAGUUGGAGGAUUUCACGUUGAGCGGCUAUUGUAUUGCUGAAUGCACCGCAGUGAGUAUCCCUUCGGCUGGGAUUGAGAUCUUUGGUUCACAAUUGCACACUCACCUUACUGGCACCAUGAUCUACACGAAACACGUACGAGACGGACAGGAACUACCGGAACUCAACAGGGACAAUCAUUACAGCACGCAUUUUCAGGAAAUUCGUUUACUUCAUAAACCGGUGCGAGUGCUUCCUGGGGAUGCAUUAAUAACUACGUGUCAUUACAACACCGAAGACAGACAAAAUAUUACACUUGGAGGAUUCAGCAUUACCGACGAAAUGUGCGUCAACUACGUGUAUUACUAUCCGAAGAUAGAGUUAGAGGUGUGCAAGAGUUCAAUAAGUGACCAAAACCUCAAGAGCUAUUUCAAAUUUCUGAACGAGUGGGAGAGGCAGCGGACGUCGCCAGAGCGGGCGGUGAGCGUCAACUACAACGGGGCCGAGUGGACGCCGAUGCGGAGUCGAGUGCUGCACCAGGUGUACGAACAGAGCACGCUGUCCAUGCAGUGCAACAGGAGCACAGGCGAACGGUUCCCUGGUGACUGGGAGAACAGGCCGUCCACUAAAGUGCUGUACACGCUGCCACCGCCGGCUAGGAGCUGCAGUAGACUUACGCCGUCCUCAUAAGUCAUAAUACACCGAUGUCCUGCUGUAUCUCGCAUUACAUUUUAAUAUUAUAAUAAUUAUUACAUAAUAUUAUAAGUAUAGGUCCUCGAAAAACUUCCCUCUGCAGGCAGGACAGUCCUUGUCGACGGCUCUUGCACCGCCUCAAACGAUUGGUGUGCAGCCCUUCCAACGCGAACCAUAUUUAAGUGGCCACGAAUCGAAUAACUUCGUAAUGUUAAUUUGUAUAGGCAACCGUAUAAUGUUAUUUGAAGGAAACUUAAAAGAGUAUUCUGCUGCUUCUUAUUAUAAUAUAGUAAUUUGAAAAAAAAUACGUGCCUAGAUAGAUAUUGUCAUUAGAAAAUAUAUUUAUAUAGACCUAUAAAAAUCUAGUGUGACAUAAGAAUAACAAUGAAGACUCAAUAACCGCACGAAAACAUUUUUAACUUUGAAAUCCUGAAAAUUGUCAAAGAUACAGCGUUAUGUCUCCAGCGUUAUAAUAAACUGAUCACCUCGUAUGCUAUUAUACACCUCCACGCGUUUCUUGACUUUAUGCUUAUAAUAUAUCUAUUAUAUAAUAAUUUAUAUUUUUACUAUUAAUGAUGAACUAUCUCUUAACACCUGCGUCGUCUUAUAUAAUAUAAUAUAAUAUAGACACAACUAUAGUAUUAUUAUCAUUACAUUGUUUAUGAUACCUGUAACACCUCAUCACCAUCCCUUUUGCGCUUACAGCGGAUUUCUCAAAAAUAUAUUUUAUGGAUGGUGCGCCUCUGAGUACUAUCAUAGAAGUAUAUUUUAUUUUACUUACGUCCUAUACUCACCCAUGAUAUUAUAAUAAUAUGAAUAUUUAAUAAAUGAAGAAACAUGAUGAAAUAUUCCAAUACCUACACAUAGAAAUUAAAACGAAUCCUUUUUCAGGCUGUCACUAUUUCGUUUUUGUGCACUUCAAAUUUAAUAAAAACACUUGGUGUGUAUAUAUUAUUUCAAGUAAGUAACAUUAAACCCGAAGCUUAUAAAUACAAAAACAAAACAUUUAAUACCUUUCCGUACCAUUUAUUUACAUUUAAAAAAUUACAUUUCGUGAUUAUAUACACAAAUACCUAAACUUUUUAAUUAAAUUAAAGUUUUAGUCAAUAUUAAAAUUAUAUAAACAAUACAAUCGGGAGUAGUGAUCAUAGGGAAAAUUUUGGUUGCCAAUCAGCCAACCACAACUAUUCUGAUCUACAAACGGUGCAAAGUUAUAACUUAUAAUAUAUGAAAAAAAUCGUCUUAUUACCGUUAAAUGUAUUAAACGAAUAUUAUUACUUAAAUCCAAAUAUUUAUUUUGUCCCAUUUCUAAAAUUUUUGAGAAAUGUCCAUAAAUAUUAAAUUAUUUAAAAAUGCUAUUGAACAUUGAUUAUAUAUUCAAUAGUCUGAUCAAAAUUUUAAAAAUAUUCUUGAAAUUACAAAUAAAAAACGAAUUAAAACUUUUAAAAGUUUAUUAAAUAAUUUAUCUGCAAAAUUCUGCAUGCGAAUAUGAACUACAUUUUUGCCAAACAUAAAAUUGUCUAAUAUUGAAUAAAAAUGAAAAUGCAUUUUCCAUCGAUGUCGAGAGCCUAUAUUAUAUAUAUUAAGUAAUGAAAUUAUAGAUUAUUGUAGCUGUAUAGUACUUAUAUUAUUGGAAAAGAAAUUAUCAAGCUUGUUCAAUAACAAAAUAAAAUAAAGGUACUUAAUUAAAUAAUUGUAUUUACCGCGCAAAUGGUUAUUAAAAAAAUAAAUAAAUUACCUAUAUAGUUUAUAAAUUAUAAUAUUUGUAUGCUUACUUUUAUACGUUUACUUACAGUAAUAGACAAUAGUAGUAUUUAACAUGAACAAUAUUAUAAUACGCGUAUAUUAUAUAUAAAACUA